AUGGAAAUAACUUCUGCCAAUCAAGAAAAAAUGGGAUUUUUCUGUCGUGUAAGUUGUUGGUUCAAGGCACUGUGGGAGAAAAUAGUGUCAAAGAUAGUUGAAGUUGGAAGAGAUACCAAAAGCUUAGGAAAAGAAGAUCCGAGAAGGAUUAUUCACUCUGUUAAAGUAGGAUUAGCCAUAGCUUUAGUUUCAUUAGGCUACUACUUUGAUCCCAUCUAUGAAGGUUUUGGUGUCUCUGCUAUGUGGGCUGUCAUCACUGUUGUUGUUGUCUUUGAUUUUUCAGUUGGAGGAACAAUUGGAAGAGCGAUGAACAGAGGAAUUGCAACACUAAUUGGUGGUUUUCUUGGAGUUGGGGUUCAUCGAUUGGCCACCUGUUUUGACAUUAAAGCAUUAAUACCUAUCAUAAUUGCUUUGUCUAUUUUCAUAAUUGCCGCAAUCGGGACAUUUGCGAGAUUUUUUCCCAAAUCAAAGGCGAGAUACGAUUAUGGACUUCUGAUAUUCAUCUUGACGUUUUGCCUGAUUUGUGUUUCGGGCUAUCGAGACGAUGAAGUGUUAGACAUUGCCCUCACAAGGCUCUCCACCAUUUUUGUUGGAGGAGGUGCAACUGUGCUUGUUUGUGUUCUGGUGUUUCCAGUCUGGGCUGGUCAAGAUCUGCAUAAUCUGGUUGCUGAUAACAUUGAAAGGAUUGGAAGUUUUCUUGAAGGAUUUGGAGAGGAAUACUUCAAAGUGAUGGAAGAUGAAAACGCAAAAGACAAGAAGGCGCUACUAAACGAACAUAAACCUGUGCUUACUUCGAAAAACAUUGAAGAUGCUUUGAUAAAUUCUGCAAAAUGGGAGCCACGUCAUGGAAAGUUCAGGUUCCGCCAUCCUUGGGGACAAUAUCAGAAGAUUGGAAGCCAAACGCGCGAAUUAGGCUAUCGUCUUGAUGCCCUCAAAGGCUAUCUCAAUGCGGAGAUGCAAUCAAAUCCAGAAAUCCGUGCAAAUUUUGAAGAAUCGUGCAAGAAGAUGAGCUACGAGUCCAGCCAUGCGCUGAAGAAAUUGGCAGCAGGAAUUAGGACAAUGACUUUGAAAUCCUCCACAAAAGCGCAUAUUGCAGAUGCGAAAGCAGCUGCAAAUGAACUCAAAUCAUUGCUGAAAACGAACCCCUGGCAACACCAUGAUUUACUAGAAGUGAUUCCGGUUGCUUCUGUAGCUUCAUUGCUCGUCGAAACAGUGUGCUGCACUAUAAAAAUCGCAGAAGCGGUCCAUGAACUCGCUUCAUUAGCGAAAUUCAAGGCUGAAGAUGAUGCUACCAAGCCGGAUGAGCAGGAAGUCACCAAAAGUUUUAUGAGAACUCCUAGCAUUGAAGCAUCCCAUGGCCUUCAAGUCAUGGUAGAAUAA